UUGUCAACAGAAGACGCCAUCUUGGUACGCCGCGCACCUUCAGUUCGGGACCACAGUGGGUUACCCCAAAAUUAGAGACAUUUUUGAUUCUCAAUGCUUUGAAAGUGUGUCUAAUUUAAAAGGGAAAUGAGUCAGUAUAUUCAAGUCGCAGAAGAGGAGGGCGAAGAGCCUAUGGAAGUCCCGAGCGAAGACGACGGAACUCUUUUGCUGUCUACCCUGUCAGCUCAGUUUCCUGGUGCCUGUGGUUUGAAAUACAGAAAUCCCGAUACCGGUGCUAUGAGAGGCAUAAGACUUUCAGAUGGGAGAUUAUAUCCACCAGAUACGGAAUGGGCUAACAGGAUUUAUGUUGCCGUGUUUCCAAAAUCUGAAAACAAAAAGAAAGCCCAUGCCACAGCUGUAGACCAAGAACCAAUCAAUGCAGAUAAUGCUGUCAUUAACAGGAAGAAAAUGUAUGACAAAAAGAGAUGCAGUGACCUAAUUGUCCUUGGCUUACCAUGGAAAAGUACAGAAGAAGACCUGAGAAAAUAUUUUUCAAAUUUUGGUGAACUGUUAAUGGUGCAGGUGAAAAAAGAUCCUAAAAGUGGACUAUCAAAAGGCUUUGGUUUCAUUCGGUUUGGUGACUAUGAAUCACAAGUGAAAUGUAUGACACAGAGGCAUAUGAUUGAUGGACGAUGGUGUGAUGUUAGAAUACCCAACUCUAAGGAAAAUGCCCAACAAAUGAUGAACAGAAAAGUUUUUGUGGGAAGAUGUACAGAUGACAUGACAGCUGAAGAUUUACGUCACUAUUUUUCUAAAUAUGGGGAAGUAGUUGAUGUAUUCAUACCCAAGCCAUUCAGAGCAUUUGCCUUUGUAACAUUUGCAGACCCUGAAGUCUCACAAAGCCUUUGUGGAGAAGAUCACAUCAUAAAGGGGGCAAGUGUACACAUAAGUAGUGCUGCACCGAAGAACUAUGAUCGUCAAAAUGACAAGAAAGUAAUCAACCAGCCAGCUUACAGCCAUGGCUACAACCCAAAUCACUGGAGUCAGGGAGGACGGGGAGGAACCCAGGCUAUUGCCACACAGCCUAGUCCCAUACCUGCAGGGAACAUACCAAACAAUCUAGGACUAAGUAACCUCAGUUUAGGAGCUUUCCAAUUGAACCCUGCAAUGCUAGCAGCUGCCCAGGCCAUGUUGAGUGGGCAAGGUGGAUGGGGACCAGUUGGACUUGUUAGUCAAACUGGUGCCACGCCUGGUGUGGGAGGAACACCAAUCGGCACAACACAACCAGGUGGUGGUGAUUCUUCCAGUCAGACCAGUGUACAGAGCUUUGGGAGUAUAGGAAGUAACAGUCAAGGUACAGCAGCAACCGGUGUUCCUGUUAGUGCAAACAGCUUUCUUGGUUGGGGCAGCUCUCAGGGGAGUGAACCAGGCAGCAGUCCAGGUGUGGGUGGGUGGGGCACACCCCAAAGUAAGCCAGGUGGCGCAUGGAACUGAUUGUAUGUACAGAUAUGUGGUGUGAUUGAGAAAAUUUUUAUCAUGAAAGUUAAUUUAGAUAACCAAAAUCUAUUGACAAAUACAAUAACCCUGCUGAAGAACACUGCCAAAAUUGACCAAAUCAUCCCCUGUAUCAUUUCUUCUUUUUUUCUCUCUUUUCUUUGCCUCUUGACUUUAAGUAAGACUCCCAGUGCCAUUGAUUAUUAAAUGUUUGAUUUGAGAAAAUUUGAAGAAAACAUUAAAUGCAGUUAGUUGUUGGAAAAUUGUUAGUAUACAGCAUCUAGACUUAUAAGAUACAAAAAUUAAACAUCCUGAUAAUCAAACAAGUAUAGAUAGAAACGUGUACAGUUCAUUAUAUUGUGAAUUUUUUUUUCACAUUUUCAUAAAAAAUGGUAGGGUAAAAUGUUUGUCAAUUGAUAUGUGGUUAGUGUGUUGGAUACAAGGAUUUUAUUAUAAAUUAUGUAUAUUUUUUAAGUACAAUUGUAAGCCCUGGAUCAAGGUACUAGAUGAUUUUUUGUCUGAUUUUAAAUCUCGACAGUAUGACUUCUGCUUUCACAAAACUAGUGCUUUUUAAUCAUUGUUUAUUGUAAAUUGAGUUAUCACCCUUUGAAAAUAAGUCAUCUAAAUGUCUGGCAAGUAAUAUUCAUUAGUACAUUUAUCUUCUGUAAUGAAAAUUUUUCUGUUCUUUUCCCUUUUUUGACAAUUGAAAUUAUGCUUUAAUAUAGUAAUUUCAUUAUAUGUCAGUUUUAAUGGGGGUUUGUUAAUUUUUUCAAGAAAGUCAAAUAGAUGUAAGUAAACUAUAUGUAAGAGAUGCCAUAUUUACCAUGUUUGUUUUUAUACAAUAUUACGAAAAGAUUAAUAAAAUAAUGGGGUUUAUUUGUAAGCAAAUUAAAUUGAUUGGCAUCUUGACCAUCAACCAACUGAUCAAGAACAGGUUUUCAUUUUUUUGGCAAAAAUAAGUUUGAUUUACAUAUAAAAAAAAUGCAUUGAAGUUGAAACUAUGAAAAAACAAAAUUAUAAAUGGUUAUUGCAUUAAUAGUUCUGAAUAUUGUCUGCAGUAGAAAAACAUAGCCUUUUAGUGUAAAUAAUGCUUUACAAAGGAUGAUAUUCACCAAUAUAAGAAUAACAAUGUCAUUGUAUGUGCAAAACAUUGGCUACUGUUACACAGGAGUAGAUAUAAAAAGUAAUGUCCAACUGGUCAAGCAAGCAAGUUCCUUUCUAAAUUGACUUGCUCUGUAAAUAGUGCGUACAUGUAUUUAAUUGAAAUUCAGUGGCCAUGCUGGCAAGUUGAAUUUGGGUUAAGCUUUCCCUGCAUAAAAUCGGCUAGCAGGAGACAUUUUAUUUCUACCCCCAGCACACAAAAAUUGAUUAUAUUGUACAGGGUAAAAUCAUGGAAGUAUUAUUUAUGUCAAUUUAACACUUCCAUGGCAAAAUGAAAUACACCAGACAUUUAGGUGAUUUAUAUUCCGAGGUAUAUAUUAACAAGUUUUGAUUGGUUUGCUUUUGUCUGAUUGUUUGAAAGUGGAAUUAUUUGUUUUAUUUUUUGUUUUUGUAAGCUUACACUGAAUAAACACCUUUUAUAUAAAUGUCAUAACUGAACAUUGUAUCAUACAAUUUUGUCAGCAUUAGAUUUAUUAAAAAAAAACAUCAGGUAUGCCUAGGUGGUGAUUUUAUUGAAUUUAUAUUAUUUCAUUGCUUAUUGAAAAAAAAUAUUUAAAGUAAUCAUGUAACGGACAGCAUUUUGAGAUUAACAUUGUGUCUAGUAGAGAGAAAUGACAGCUAUGGUAAUAUAUACACCUGCAAAAGCAACUACAACGUUACACUUUUUUGCUCGAUAUUCUUUAAAAUUAGAAAUAUUUUUAUUUUGCAGUAAAUUUAAAACAAGUGUAUGUUUGUAGAAUAAAUCCGUAAAUUAAUUAGAUUAAAACUAAAUGUAUGAAUAGCACAGAGAAGAUGUAGAAAAUUGAAGGGAUCAAUAUCUGUUUUAAAUUGUACAAAAGAAGCUGAAAAUAUACCUUUAAGUUAUUUUUUUUUAACAGAUGUAACAAAUAUAAGUGGUUUUUUAUGAUACCUUUUCCUUUAAUACAAAAUAUAGAGAUUGAAAAAAAGGCACUACCUUUGACAAAUGUGGGAUACCAUUUGCAAAAAUAGACUUUAAAUUUCAUUUAUCGAUAUUUAGAUAAUGAUUUUGGGAAACAAAACUUAUUUGGUUAUUUUAUAUUAAAGAUUAUUUCUAUUUUUACAAUUUCCUUGCAAAUUAUUUGCUUGUAUUCCUUUUUAAAUAAGAAUUGAAAAUUUGCCUUCAGAUUCAUACUUUAAUUAAAACAUUGAGGUUUAUUUCAGGAUCAUUUUAUUUAGUGAUAAAGACACUAUGGAAAUAAUGAUAGUUUGCAUAAGAUAAAGAAAGAAAAUCCUUUAAAAAAGCACUUCAGUUUUUUAUUAAAUUAUUUUGAUAAAAUUUUUUAUUUAAGAAGUGCCUCUUAAACCCUUGAAAUAUUAAUCCUGGAAUAUCCCUGUACCAUUGUCUAACAUUAGCUGAGUAUACAUAUAUAUAUUUUUGGUGUUGAAUAAAAACUAUUUAGAUGUGUAUUAUUGAAUAUUUGUAAAAUAAAACUAUAUAGAUGUGGUGUUUGCAAUUAGAAAAAAAUAUUGAGGAAUAUAUCUAGACUAGAAUGUUUGUUCAUGUUCAUUAUGUAAAAAAUUCAAAUUCAUGGAAUUGUGAUAGAUGUUUUAAUUGUUAAAAAAGAUGUAACCACCAGACUUUAAUAGUCAUUUUAAUUAUUUAUCAUUCUAUCAUUUUAUCACACUCGUAUGUUAUAAGUAGUAUGGUAUUUUUGUAUUGAAAUGGAGUAACAGAAAGUGAAUUGGUUAGAUAUCAGUAAGAAUAGAAGAGCCUUUAGAAGCUUGGAUAGAAUUUCAUUUGUAUAUUUUUCAAAAUUGAACUAUGCCUACAGAACUCAAAAUUUUACCCUUAUAACAUUUGUCUAUAAAAUAGAUGAGCCAUAUUUUAUAAAGUCGGAAAUAGAAUUUGCUAUAUCAGGUUGCAUAAUGCAUACCUAAUUAUUGUGAGAAAUAAAACCUAGUCCUGCAGACAACCUGUGUACACCUAGAGUCAAUCCAAAUAAGAUGACAUAAAUUAGCUGUUAGGGCUACAAAGUCAGUAUUAAAGUAAGUUAUAGACCAUUCUCUUUAAAUGUGGCUUAUAUUUCCAUGAUACUGUGGAUUCAUUUAUUUUCGUGGGUACCAAUUUUCGUGGACAAAGGAAAACUUACAUGUUCGUUGUUAUUUAAUUUCGUGGUUUUGACGAAAUCUGCAUACAAGCCUAUGGAAAAUGUAUUAUUCGUUGAACAUUUAAUUUCGUGGUUCACCUGUACCCAUGAAAUCCACGAAAAUUGGUAUCCAACGAAUAAUAAUGAAUCCACAGUAUUUGAUAUACAGAUUCUGGAAAAUGUUUUUUUUGGUGAAUGAAUAUAAAUUUUAUGUACAAAAUUGAUAAUCUUUUGGGUGAUUUUUUUUUACAUUUAUUGUUUUCUUGAAAAAAGUAUUGUGGGAAUAACUUUGUAUGUUUUCAAAAUUCUGUAUAAAAUCUGAUUGGUUUGCAGUAAUAAUGGUUUUUAUUUAUCUCCCCUUAAUUGAUACAAUUUACUUCUCCUGACCAAAUAUACAUUUCGAUUACUCAAUACAUUAAUAAAUUCUUGUGUUUUUUUUCCAAAAUAAUGCAGUCCAAAAAUAUAAAAAUAUGAAUAUUUAAUUCUUAGUUUUGUUAUUUUCAAAACAUAUAAAAUGGAAUAAGUUAGCAAAAUAUCCAAUGUGUUAGAAACCUUGAAAGUCUGUUAGAUGUUCAGUUGGCAUGGUCUUUCUCCCUUGAAUUUGAAAAAUUGUCUUCAUGUUAAAUUACAGAACAGAAUUGAAUGAAGAACAAAAGUAUUUAAAAUUGAACAUGUGGUACAUUAAAACUGAUAGUACUAUUGAAUAGUAUGUAUGAAAUUAGAAGAACAAGUAUAGCAAGUUCUUUAUGUUUAUUUAAUUAUGAGAAUUGUAUGUUAGGAUCAAUUAUAUAUAUAUGUAAUUUAUCAAAAGAGAACGCUUAAUAGAUAGAAACAUCUGUUUAAUAUCUGUAAUGUAUUUCAAGCUGUAAACUCUUCCUGUGGUUGUAAUUUAUCUGUUAAUUAUUUUUGAUUCUUUUAAAGCUUCUUAAACAGAAUAAGAAUUCAAAACACAUUUAUUGGUAGCAAAUUUUAAGUAGUUGGUAACUAUUUUCACAAAGAAGGGUUGAGGGAUAGCUUUUUUUCUGUAUUUUUCUCAACCUUUUUCCUAACGUUGAUGUUUAUGGCAGGAACAAAUCUGAACUAGCUACUUUGUCAAAAGUCUUUUCAGAAUAGUUUUAUUUCCUGUGUCUUUUUCCUUUUUGAAUUAAAGCCAAACUGUCAUUUGUGAUGUAAAUUCUAUGAAUCUAUGUCAGAGGCAAGUGUAACUUUGAAGAGGAAAUUGAAAAUUGCAUUAAUUUCAGUUUUUAAAAGUUUAAAGAAAAACCAUAUGUAAGCAAGUCAAAUGAAUAUCAUAACAAAAGACCUAAAAUGGCCAGAAAAUUGCAAUCAAAAAUGAAAAACUUAUUUUAAGUGUGGUUUGCUUUGUUGAUAAAAUAUUUGGGAUACAUUUAUUGAUAUGUUUAUACAAGUGCAAAAUAGAUAACAGUUAAAUUGGUUUAUAAAAGUUUGUGCGUUGAUAACCAACAUAGUAAAUGAACAGGAAUACAUGCAUGUAUCGAAUGGACGGUUAUGUCUGAUGUCAUAAUUUAUACCGAAUGAAAGCAGGUCACAAGGGAAUGUGUUCAAGAAUGUUUUGUUCAUAUGUUGUGACCAUUAAAUAUCAUGAUCACACAAACAAAUCUGAGAAUUGUAAUAUAAAUCAUAGAGCAAUUUACCUCCAUCAUUUAAAUUCAUUGAGAGUAUAUUUUAUAUGGAACCAUAGGGCUGUUGUUUUUAGUGUGUCUGCACAUUUGUUAAAGCUUUCAUAAGAAUGGUUGCACAUUGAUUCUAAAAUGAAAUGUAUAAACUCAAAAGUACAAGCUAAAUGUUGGUAUAAGGAAAUAAUAGACUUUUAUUAUGCAAUGAAAUUUAAGGUGAAUUUGAGCUUUAAAUGUAGAGGGAUAUAAAUGAACUGUUAAAAUUUUUUCAAAUAUUCAUAAAUCAAUUUUAAUGAUUUUUAUAAAGAAUAUGUAAAUACUCUAUGUGGCCUUUCUUAUUUAAAAAAAUCUUUUAAAAUGAAUUCAGUGGAAUGAACUUAUUUAUUAUUAAGGUGAUUAGAGAAGACUUUCAGAAAUUUGACUUUAUGGGGAAAUGUUUUGACAAAAAUAGACGAUAAAAAAGUGUUGGUAAUCUGAUUUUUUAGCGUUUAUUUCAAGCACAGGCACUUCUUAUAUUACAACUGUGUUUAUGUAGAGCACUCCAUAAUGAGAAAGGUUCUAUAAAUGGUAUGUUGUUAAAUAAAUAACUGAGGGAUAAAACUAUUACUUGGUUGAUUUGUGGUUAAAGGAAAGGUUAUGAUUAGAUGAUAUUGUGCUGGAAGUAGACCAUAAUUCAUAAUAUUAUUUUAAAGAUGAAAGUAACAUGCUUUAGUUUGGAUGUAAAAGUUUUAACUCAUGGUUUAUAAGACAAUGUUAGUUAUAAGAAAUCUGCUGAGGUUUGAAUUUUGAAAAUCACUAACCAGUGGUGAAACUGUUUAUGAUAUGAAGCUUAGAAUAUGAAAUCAAUGAGUUUAAUUGCAAUAGGUCUUUUUUUGUUUAUACUCCUAAAUAUGCAUGGAUAUUUACCACUGGCCUAUUUUAUGAACUAUUAGCUUCUGUUUCUGUAUGUGUAAGAUGUCCACAUUCCUUUUGAAACAGUUUGAAUAAUCAAACGGAGGAAUAUGCCUCCAAAAAAAAUUCUUUUUACAAAAUUUACUUUUUUAAUGAGGUUCUCUGAAUGAAAACAUUGCUUUAAAUAAAUUGACUUAAAAGUAUCUAAAUGAAUUAAAUGUAGAUUUUUGUGUAGCCAUGCAAAUUAGGUUUUCUUUAAGUCUAGUUUCCUCCAUGCAAUUUAAACAAUAAUUAUAUAAACAAAAUUAUGAAUGAAAUACAAUAUUAUUAAACCAAAAAAACUGUUUGCAGUUGUGACACAAGAGUUUAUAUGUCUAUGGAACUUGGCACCAUUACAUUUUCCAAAAUUUGACACACAUUUGAUUCACAACUGUCUAACUUUGCAUAUCAGGUAUUGAAUAUGGUAAUGAUUUGAAAAGUAUGCAAACAAUUUUGCACACAGAUGUCAUAUCUUAAUUGUUUAAAAAAAUUUGUGCAUAAAUCUUUCUAUAAUUACAAAUUAAAUGGUUGGUCCAUUAAGGUGUAAGAUGAAAAUGGGGAAAAACCAACAUAUAAUGAAAAUAUUCUGCUAUUUUGUAAGCAUCUAAAGAACUGAAAUCAUAUUGUCAUGACUUGAUAUUAUUGUAGGGAUCCUUUAUUGUAAAGAAAUAUAAGAACUUUUUUAGCUAUCAACACAAGUCAAAUUGUUUAAUUUGUAAGUACAUCAGCAUGAUUUUUUACAUGUUGAAAACUAACAGCCACAUUAACAUUUCACGUAUUAUUCAGCAUAUACAUGCAAAUAAACAUAAAUAAGUGAUGUAAUAAAAGGGAAAAUGUUUAUUUCAUCAUUCCAGAAAUAUUUUGAUCGAAGUUAAAUUUGGAAAAAUAUAUGAAUUUGAAUGCAGAAAGUUUACAAGUCAUUAAUUCUUUAUGAAGAUAUCCACAGAACUGAAAAUAGAAGAACAUUAGGUUUUAAAAUCUUUGAAAUUGUUAAACUUAACUCAAGAAUAAUGAACGGAGAAAUUGUUAAAUUGUUGUUAUUUGUGUGUAUGCUUUUAACGGAGUGAAUGAAUUGUUAACUUUAUGUAUCAUAGAUUCAGAUUAUUUAUAAUUGUACGUCUUCUUUGUUUUUUACAUAAUUAAAAUGGUUUUUAUAGAUAAAAACAUAGCUGCUGGAUGGACAAAAAGAAGUGUGAAUUUUAUGUAUGUGACUACUUGUUAACAAUGCUAUAAAUAGUAUGGUUUUGUUUGUUUUGAAUGAGUUUGUUAUUAUUAACUUUUUUAAAAGGUACAUGUGAAGGGUUUAAAUCUGGAAAAAAUCUCUGGUUUUGCCCUGAAGACUGAACAUUUUUAUCAUUGAUUUAUUUUUUAUGCUUUCUACUCAAAAAAUGGAACAGAUAUUUUAUGUUAACUUACAAAUCAUUAGAUUAACCAACAGUUUGUGUUUAAACAAAAUUUGAAUUUAGAAAAAAAUAAUUUAUUUAUCAUUUAACUAUAUUUGGCAUUUGACACAUUUGAAAUGGUAAAACCAUGAUCAAACCAAUAUUUACUAACUGUUUAAAUGAUUACUGUCUAUGACCCUUGUCAAGUAGUAAAAUGUAAGAAAAUGGACAUAUUUGUCUAAUCAGAUGAUGAGUUGACUGUUCACCUUUUUAGGUUCAGUACAAUUUCUUUAAAAUAUUUUAUGUUAAAAGAAAAAAAGAAUAAGAAACCAAAAAUGUCUGUUAGAUGCAACAAUACAUUUUUUUUUCGUUUCUUAGUGAAGCACAUCAAAAAGAAGAAAUAAUGGGAAAAUAUAGCAUUUGAAAUAUUUGUAGUUAACAUGAAUUUAAUUUUUUUAUAACAGAAAAACCCUGUCCAUUGUAUGAUUGGGUAGAAUUUGACCACCAUGUUAAAUGAUACAUUUGUUUUUAUUUACAUCUGUGUGAAGUGUGUUGUCAGAAAGCAGCUAUGUUAAUUUAAACAACAAAAUAAAUGAAGCUUGUGCUAUC